UUAUGAGAAUUUGUAUAGUGAUUCAAGAUGGAAGACGGUGGUAAUAAAACGGAGACUGGUCAGGAUAAAGAGAAAAAGUCGUAUGCCGGAAUACCGGAGGCCGAAUUUGUAGACGAUGUCGACGCAUUUAUGGCAAAACCCGAAAAUGACUCAGUGGACAAAGUACUACGAAUGCUGGAUGAUCAUCAUGGCAAAUAUAAGUUUAUUGAAUAUAAUUUGAUGAAUAAGAGGAGAAGACUGAAGGCACAGAUUCCAGAUUUAGAAAGAUCAUUGGAUAUGAUCAAAAAAUUACAGGAAGAAAAAGACAACAGCAAGGAAUUAGAAACUCAGUUUCUUUUAUCGGAACAAGUUUAUGCAAAGGCUGUUAUUCCACCAACUGAUAAAGUAUGUUUAUGGUUGGGAGCAAAUGUUAUGUUAGAAUAUACACUGGACGAUGCACAAGAGAUGUUAACAAAAAAUAUUGAAGCUGCAAAGAGAAAUUUAAGCUACGUGGAGCACGACUUGGACUUUGUCAGAGAUCAAUUUACAACAACUGAAGUAAACAUGGCACGCAUUUAUAAUUGGGAAGUAAAACGCAGGCAAGCUGCUAAAUCAACAUGAAAACUGUUUCUUUUUAAUAAAUUCAAUUUGCAUGCAAUGAUUGCCUAAAACCUAAAGGGUUACACUGUCAAAAAAAAGAGCUUGUGAACGAAAACUCUGUCAUCUGAAACUAUCAGUGAAAUAAAGGACUCAAAUACAUUUAGGUUAUAAGCUAGAUACACCAAUAUUUAUGUAUAUUGCCACAAAUACAUCUGAAUUCUAACUUAA